GCCCCCACGGGGGUUUAUUUGAUCUCACAUUAACCAAGGAGGAGAAUGUGAGAAAAGGGGGAAAAUGCCCAGGAGGAAGCAGGAGCAGCCCAAGCGCCUUCCCUCACAUAUUAGUAGGCAGGACGAGGCGGAGGGAGAACUCAGCGAAGGAGAACACUGGUAUGGGAACUCUUCAGAGACGCCGUCGGAAGCAUCCUAUGGAGAAGUCCAGGAGAACUAUAAGCUGUCCCUGGAGGACCGGAUCCAGGAGCAGUCCACCUCCCCCGACACCUCCUUGGGAAGCGGGACCCCCAGCAGUCACACGUUGGAGCUGGUGGCACUUGACGGUGAGGUCCUGCGAGACCCACUGCAGUGUCCAGAUCACCUCUCCCCCGGCGUGUCUUCUUUGUGUGAUGACGAUCCCGUGGGCUCCACCAAGCCCUUGAGCAGCAACUUGAGACGGCUGCUAGAGGCCGGGUCCCUCAAACUCGAUGCCACGGCCACGGCCAACGGCAGGGUGGAGUCCCCUGUCACCGUCGGCUCGAAUCUCUCCUUUUCCCCACCGUCCCACCAUGCCCAACAGCUCAGCGUGCUGGCCAGGAAGUUGGCAGAGAAGCAGGAACAGAAUGACCAAUACACUCCAAGUAACCGUUUCCUAUGGAAUCAAGGUAAGUGGUUGCCAAACUCAACCACCACCUGCGGCUUGUCCCCGGAUUCGGCCAUCCUCAAACUGAAAGCUGCAGCCAAUGCUGUUCUGCAGGACAAAUCGCUGACCAGGACGGAGGAGACCAUGCGAUUUGAGUCCUUUUCCUCCCCUUUCAGCUCCCAGUCUGCCAGCUCCACCUUGGCAGCUUUAUCCAAGAAAGUCAGCGAGAGAAGCUUGACUCCUGGCCAGGAACACCCGCCCCCGGCCAGCUCUUUCCUUUCCCUGGCUUCCAUGACCUCCUCAGCGGCCCUUCUGAAAGAGGUCGCAGCAAGGGCUGCCGGGACCCUUCUGGCUGAGAAAUCGUCACUGGUGCCUGAGGACCCUCUCCCGCCACCGCCUUCAGAGAAGAAGCAAGACAAAGUGACCCCGCCGCCACCUCCGCCACAAUCCUUGGAAUUAUUGUUACUCCCAGUUCCUAAGGGAAGAGUGUCUAAACCCUCCAACUCAGCCUCAGAAGAGGAAAGCGGAAAACCUUUCCAGUGCCCCAUAUGUGGUUUGGUUAUAAAAAGGAAGAGUUACUGGAAGCGGCACAUGGUGAUUCACACGGGUUUAAAAAGCCAUCAGUGUCCGCUCUGUCCAUUCCGGUGUGCUCGCAAGGACAAUCUCAAAUCCCACAUGAAGGUUCAUCAGCACCAGGACCGGGGAGAGACCUUUCAGUGCCAGCUCUGCCCUUUCACUUCCUCCCGUCAUUUCAGCCUGAAACUCCACAUGCGUUGCCAUCAGCACUUCCUGAGGACAGAAGCCAAGGUGAAGGAGGAGAUCCCAGACCCCGAUGUCAAGGGAUCCCCCCACCUCAGUGACAGUGCCUGCCUGGGGCAGCAAAGGGAAGGAGGCGGGACAGAGCUAGUGGGGACCGUGACGACGUCCAGCACUCCAGAGAGGACUAGCCAGGGUGGGGCUGGCGUCUCGCCUUUGCUGGUGAAGGAGGAGCCCAAGGAAGAUAAUGGCCUGCCAACCUCCUUUACUCUGAAUGCUACCGACAGGCCGGCCAACCACACGAAGCUGAGAGAGCCCUCCGAGUAUGCAGCCAACAGUGCGUCCGCAUUGUUCAGCCAGGACAUCUCUGUUAAGAUGGCGUCUGAUUUUCUCAUGAAGCUGUCAGCUGCAAAUCAGAAGGAGCCCAUGAAUCUUAAUUUUAAAGUGAAAGAGGAGCCUAAGGAGGAGGAGGCUCUAAGUGCCACGUUGCCUAGGUCCAACUAUGUGUUCAGCCCCGAGUCUGAAGUGCCAGCCCCGAGCAUCUCUGAGGACACACUGAAGCCCCAGGAAGCAAAGGGCAACGUACUAAGGCGGGAUAUGUCAGUCAAAGCAGCAUCUGAACUUCUCAUGAAACUAUCAGCGGAAAGCUACAAGGACACUCAGAUGGUGAAGAUUAAAGAGGAACCCAUGGAGGUGGACAUCCAGGACUCGCAGGCCUCCAUAUCACCCAGCCGCAGUGUUGGCUAUAGCACUUUAAUUGGGCGAGAGAAAACUGAACCCUUACAGAAGAUGCAAGAAGGCAGAGUGCCCCCAGAGAGAAACCUCUUCAGUCAGGACAUCUCUGUGAAGAUGGCUUCCGAGCUUCUUUUUCAACUGUCAGAGAAGGUGAGCAAAGAGCACACUCACACGAAAGAAAACACCAUCCGGACGACCACCAGCCCUUUCUUUUCAGAAGAUACAUUUAGACAAUCACCAUUCACCUCCAACUCAAAAGACCUGCUGCCCAGUGAAUCUGUGCUUCACGGAAGAAUAUCAGCUCCAGAAACAGAAAAGAUAGUCCUCGAGGCAGGAAAUGGGUUGCCCUCUUGGAAAUUCAACGACCAGCUUUUUCCCUGUGACGUGUGUGGGAAAGUAUUUGGCCGACAGCAGACAUUGUCCCGACAUCUGUCUCUGCACACAGAGGAAAGAAAAUACAAAUGCCACUUGUGCCCGUAUGCUGCUAAGUGCCGCGCAAACCUGAACCAGCACCUGACCGUCCACUCGGUGAAGCUGGUGAGUACGGACACCGAGGACAUCGUCAGCGCCGUCACCUCUGAAGGCAGUGAUGGGAAGAAGCACCCUUAUUAUUACAGCUGUCACGUGUGCGGAUUUGAGACGGAGCUCAACGUCCAGUUUGUCAGCCACAUGUCACUCCAUGUGGACAAGGAGCAGUGGAUGUUUUCCAUCUGCUGUACGGCCUGCGACUUCGUCACCAUGGAGGAGACGGAGAUAAAGGUGCACAUCGGCACCAAGCACACAGGGGAAGAUAGGAAGACCCCCAGUGAAUCAAACAGCCCCUCUUCAUCCUCCCUCUCAGCUCUGAGUGAUUCAGCCAACAGCAAAGACGAUUCAGACAGCUCCCAGAAAAACAAGAGCGGAAACAACCUGCUGGUCAUCUCUGUCGUGCCUGGGAGCCAGCCCUCACUGAAUAGUGAGGAAAAGCCAGAGAAAGGGUUCGAAUGCGUUUUUUGCAACUUUGUCUGCAAGACGAAGAACAUGUUUGAGCGCCAUCUGCAGAUCCACCUCAUCACCCGGAUGUUUGAGUGUGACGUGUGCCACAAGUUCAUGAAGACCCCCGAACAGCUGCUGGAGCAUAAGAAAUGCCACACUGUCCCCACCGGUGGGCUCAACUCAGGACAGUGGUGAGUUUCAGACUCCUCUAGGUGCCCAUUCUGCAUUUAUUCCACCAACC